AUGAAUAACUCAACACCUGAUCUCGUCACGCCUCAGAAGUCCAACUCUUCCAAUGGAUCUGAUUCAAAUGGCUCCAAGGUCAUGAAUAGUCCAGCUGGAAAGAGAGAUAUCGAAGCUGAGGAUUUGGGUCACGAAAAAGAGCAUUCUGAUGUUCCACAACUAAACAAUAGUAAAGCAUCCUACAUUUCAGUUUGUUUAAGUUGUUUUAUGGUUGCGUUUGGUGGUUUCAUCUUCGGCUGGGAUACCGGUACUAUUUCCGGUUUCGUCAAUAUGCAAGAUUUCUUGCAAAGGUUCGGCUCUAUAAAUUCUGAGGGUAACUAUUAUUUGUCAAAAGUGAGAACUGGUUUGAUUGUUUCUAUCUUCAACAUUGGAUGUGCCAUCGGUGGUAUCGUUUUGGCUAAAUUAAGUGACGUUUACGGGCGUCGUCGUGGUUUAGUCAUUGUUACUGUCAUUUACGUAGUGGGUAUCAUUAUUCAAAUUGCCUCCAUCGACAAAUGGUACCAAUACUUUAUUGGUAGAAUCAUCUCCGGUCUAGGGGUUGGUGGUAUUACUGUCAUGUCACCAAUGUUGAUUUCUGAAGUUUCACCAAAAGAAAUGAGGGGUGCAAUGGUUUCCUGUUACCAAUUAAUGGUCACCUUGGGUAUUUUCUUGGGUUACUGCACCAACUAUGGUACCAAGACGUAUACCAAUUCCGUCCAAUGGAGAGUUCCAUUAGGUCUAUGUUUUGCCUGGGCUAUCUUUAUGAUUUGCGGUAUGUCUUUUGUGCCAGAAUCUCCUCGUUUCCUUGUUGAAGUUGGAAAGCUUGAUGAAGCAAGACGUUCCUUAGCAAGCACUAAUAAGGUAAGCGUAGAUUCUUCUUUCGUUCAGCAUGAAUUAGAUUUAAUUGAAGCUUCUGUUGAAGAAACAAAAGCCGCUGGCUCUGCCUCAUGGAGUGAAUUGGUUACCGGUAAACCAGCAAUGCUAAAACGUACACUUAUGGGUAUCAUGAUUCAAUCUUUGCAACAAUUAACUGGUGACAACUACUUCUUCUACUAUGGUACUACCGUCUUCCAAGCUGUCGGUAUGCAAGACUCUUUCCAAACAUCCAUCGUCUUCGGUGUUGUCAAUUUUGCUUGUACCGGUUUGUCUCUAUACACUGUGGACAAAUUUGGCCGUCGUAACUGUCUGCUAUGGGGCUGUAUUGGUAUGAUCUGUUGUUACGUUGUCUACGCCUCCGUUGGUGUCACCAGAUUAUGGCCAGAGGGUUCAGGCCACUCAGACAUCUCCUCUUCAGGUGCAGGUAACUGUAUGAUUGUUUUUGCUUGUUUCUACAUCUUCUGUUUCGCCACCACAUGGGCACCAAUUGCAUACGUUUUGAUCUCGGAGACUUUCCCACUAAGAGUCAAGUCCAAGGCCAUGUCUGUUGCUACCGCAUCCAACUGGAUCUGGGGUUUCUUGAUCAGUUUCUUCACUCCUUUCAUUACAGGUGCCAUCCACUUCUCCUACGGUUACGUCUUCAUGGGUUGCAUGGUGUUUGCCUACUUCUACGUGUUUUUCUUCGUCAACGAAACCAAGGGCUUAACGUUGGAAGAAGUUAAUGACAUGUAUGCCGAGGGUGUCCUGGCUUGGAAAUCGUCCAGAUGGGUCCCCGCCGACAGAAGACAGCAGGACUACAACGCUGACGAACUAAUGCACGACGACGCGCCAUUCUACAAGAGAAUGUUCGGCAGUAAUUAA